AUGGUUUCUCGAGAAGCUUUUUCGGCUUCGUUUCUUCAACUCCUGGAGGAAGCUGCCCCCCAGGUUUUCACUGCCGAAUAUAUGGCAGCAGGUGCCCAGCAUCGUUUUUUGGACUUCUUCGAGGUCUAUGCUGGCCGAGGACGGCUUUCGAGUGCAGUGCAGGAAGCCCCUUUGCCAAAGCUUGACAUGUUCUGGGAAGGCUGUGCGAUCGCAAGGAGGGUGGCGGCUUCUCAGGGAAACGUGGGACAAUGCAGGCUUCGCAGGCCUAUCCGGGCACGUUUGGUCGUGCUGUUUCUCGACAGCUCUGGUCUUUGGGAGAUGUGGGCUCGCUGGAUUCGAUAUCCGCUCGGCCCUGCCGUUGGCAACGGUCCAAUGGCCCCGCCGGCCGCUGUCAUUCAUGAUGGCGAGAUUUGGGAGAUACUGGGACAGAAGCCGGAGAAGGCCGAGAAGAAGACCAAGAAGAAAGAGAAGAAGAACAAAAAAGGACCGAUCUUCUGUCAUGUGCCAACGGCAGGCAUCCGUGCAUUGGCAGGCCAAAGUUCCAACUCCGAAUCGCCGGAGUCCAGCACGGAGACUGGGGAAGGUCAGGAGGAGAAGCAGGGCCUCUUCCGGCUCCUGAACAAGGAGCUGCAGAGGUCGUUGGACCAAAACAAGGUCGAGGACUUGAGCUGCCAGCAGCUCGCAUACACUUUGUGCGGGGUCGCAACUUGUGUAGUGGCAUCCGACCUGGUUGCAGUUGGUGGCGAGAGUGAGUCAUUGCUUUGCGACAACCUCAAGAGGUGCAAGAGACAGAAGGAUAAAGAUGCAGAGAAUUCCUCGCUUCGCAAGGUGAAGGCCGCCCAGACCCUCUGGAGGAAGAGGCUGAAUCAGGUGUUGGUGCUGUUCACCGGGAAGAGCCAAGCCCAGAUCAAGAUCACGUCUUGCAAGACGCUGGAUGACAUCAACACGUUGUACAAGUCCCUGGCGAAGAAGCACGCCAGGAAGGAGGGCAUCAACAAGCAUGACAUGAACCGUUGCUACGACGAGCUUUUGAGCAGGCUGCACCAGGACCGAGAUGUGCAGAGGGUGCAGUUCUUGCAGUUGUCACGUUUGAAUGGCCCCAAUGGAGGCCUUGCGGGCAUGCCGUCGCCCUUGAUGUGGAACCCAUGGUUCCCCUGGCACAUGUUUCCUCCGGCAGUGCCGCCGAUGGGUUCCAUGCCGAUGACUGCCGAGUGGAUGCCGCCACCCAGCAUGAUGAGGCCGCCCAUGCCGAUGCCUGGUGGGUGGAUGGGGGCCAAUGCCGGGGCCUACAGACCGGCCACGCAGAGGGGGCCAAUGCCGGGGCCUUCGCCCGGCACGAUGCCCGGCACGACGCCGGGGCCAAUGGGUGGGCCUCCUGUGGUGAGCCAGGAGGUUCCAAGCUCAGAUGAUGAGGGCGACAAGCCGUCUGCCGCUCACCCUGCCUCUGGCAAGCCUGAAGAUGUCACUACGCCAGAAGCAGCAGAGCUCAAGGAGUCCGAUGGCAAGCCUGCAGAUUCGAAGCCGCUGGUUCCGGAAGCUUCAGAUGUGGCCUGCAAUGCUGAGAAGGAGAAGACAGCGGCUGUGCCGCAGGGGACAGAGCCCAAGAUGAAGCCGACGCCCAAGGUCAUCGCGGCGAGAAAGCCCCCGCCGGGGCCCCCGCCGGGGAAGGAGGAGAAGGAGGAGAAGGAUGCGAAGGCUUCAAUGCCCUCCGAGCCCUCCGAGCCCUCGGACAAGUCCAAAAGGGAGAUCGAGAAGGAGCAGUACGGGUGCAAGCGAGCCAGGGGUGGCCAGUACAGCCGCGAGGCUGGCUACUACUACAGCCAAAACGACACGGGCUAUGAGUACACCAACAGCGACUACAACUACGAUGAUGGAGCAUGGCAGGAAGCCGAGAAUGACCUCAAGCAGUUGGCUGCUGGCAAAGGCCAGAAAAGCAAGGACGAGGAGCCUCCUGGCUCCAUUAUCAGCCCCGGCACCCCUGCAAGGGCUAGGAAGAGGAGGUGUAAGCGAUCACCCCGUGCUGCAACCGCCUCAACCUUGAAGCCCCGGCGACUUUUUGCAGAGCCCGCCAAUACUGGCUCCACUGAAGGACCUGGGGAUCAAGAGGAAGAUGACGAUGAUGAUGAUGAUAAGUUUGCAUGCUUGUCAGGGGAUGACAAUGAGGAUCCCGAUCUUUUCAAUGGUGGCUUCAAGCUGAGCCCUCUCAAGAAGUCGGCUCGAAAGCCGAAGCAGCGAGCAAGUGGGAAGAGGAAGCGAGCUGCUUCCAAGGACUGCUUGCAGGAAUCCUCUGAGGCAGAGGAGCCAGAAGCCAUUGAAAAGGAUGACUCCGCCAACGCUGGCACGAAGGAGCCCGAUGAGGACCCCCCCGCCCAGGAUCCAAGGUCCAAGUUCGAGAUGGGUUUGCUGGAGCUCCUGCUGGUCGGUAUGAACCCGACCGAUUCCGAUCAGUGCAUGAGCCUGCUUCUGUGUGAAGACAUCACCACUCUCCGUGAAGCCGUGGAGCUCUUUUCAGAUGUGAUCCAGAGCUUGGGCAAGCAGGCGAGGGACUGUGCCCAGAACCUGACCUUGAAGGCUCGGAAAGCUUUGGCCAAGUGGCCAGCGAUUCUGAAGGAACAUGACGAGCAGCUGCUCGCCAUGGAGAACGCCGGUGAUGAGAAGAACAAGGGACUUCAGCUGGCCUUGUGGAGUACCCGCCAGGACAUGGCGAGCAUGAAAACGUGGCUCCGGUCCAAGCUCCAGGAGCACCAGAAGCUCGAGACAGAGGCCGAGAAGCUAAAGCACAAAGAGCAAUUUCAAAAGAAAUUGGCUUUUGUGGAUGAGAAGAUCACCAGGGAUCUGCCGAUUGUUCACGAUCAACGGCUUUCCAUGCCAGAUUGGGAGGCCGGCCAGGACAUCUUGGAUAGCUGCCGACAGGCGGCUGCUGCUGCAGGAUUGCCUCUGAGGCCUCGGUUGGUGGUACGGGAGAAGGCGGCGAUGCCUUCAGAUGAGCAGAUCGUGGAAUGGGUUCCACGUUCAGAGGAGGAGCCUUCGUCCACCGCAAAUGCGGUCCGGACCGACUACACUCCAACGACAAGUCGUUUCCUGCAGACCACUACUGGGCACACUGGUGUUUUUGAUGUGCUGCAGGUGCAGGGAGAUUUGAGCUCCGAUGGCUACAAGCUCUUUUUUCGAGCAAGCAGUAUUUGGAAAAUGUUUCAACGGAAGCAGAGCUUCACGAACUGGAGGGACAAUCUCACCUGCGAACUGGCUGAAGCAUGGCGAGUGAACUUAGACUUGCACAUCAUCCGAAAACUCGGAUACCGGGGCAAGCAGGCAGUCUGUGUGCUGCAGAUCCGCUCCUGCUCCGAGAAUCUCCAGAAGGCUAGCCUGAAGUCCCUGGAAACUUUGCUGGGGAAUGGCUGCCCAGCCGACAUGAAGCUGGCACUGCUCCCAAGGAGCGAUGCUUGUACUUUGACAUGUGUGGGACACGAUGUGGAUCUUCAAUCCUGGGAGACUUUCCUCCAGUGGCAGAAGUUCAAGCUUGCCUCUUCUGCCCAGCAGAACUUCAAUGCAGGCAGAGACCUUGCCGAAUGCUUCUUGGAAAGCAAUGAGGUUACCCAGGAGAUGGCAAAGCUGCCCGUGAAGGGAAUGGCUUUCUUGUGCGACGCCUCGCCCAAGGGUCGGAUGGAUGUCUGGCAGCCUGUCAUUGGGAUUGGGCCACAUGCCAUUGCUUGGACAGUCCAAAGACUUGGAGACCUGUUGCCUGUGACAGCAUCGGCCGAAGUGAAGGAGCAGGAACUGCAGUCCCUGGCCGACAAAAUGCUCCAGCAGGAAGCUUCAGCUGCUUCCAAGAUGCCUCGGACCAUUGGCCGCUUGAAGCAGGACCGGCUGGCAAGCAGAGAGCACAUGCGAGCCGUGCUGCACAGCUUGGAGCUUCUCGACCUUGAGCUGGCUCCCCUCCCUUUCUCUCUCCGGGCUGCAGACCCCGAAAAGCAUGAGACUCGUGAAAUGUAUGGCAGCCGGGCCUUCAUCUUCAAUCACGAAAGCGGCUUGGCAGAAUGGGUCUGCACGCCUGAUCUUGAUGAUGAGACAAAGAGCGGUGUCCGGGUGACACUGCAUCCGGACGAGGGCGGGCCGUUGUUUUGUGCAUGGCAAUUCUUAUCUGCACUCGGCCUCCCAGUCGGGUUCAGCAGGGAUGAAACGCAGCUAGUUUGCAAGAAGCUGGGUAGUCGUCGCAGAGCUCUGUCGCUGCUGCGAGUCAAUGCGAAACUCUUGCAAGAGCAGGCACAAGCUGCAGACACAUUUUCUUCGGUUCCUGAACGCCACACCUGGGGUGAAGCGAGACCGGGCAGCAAAUGGCAUGUGUUGUUGAGCUGGCAAGAUGUCCUUCUGAUUCUGUUUCCAGGCUGUCAGAUGCUGACAUCUUGGCUAAUGAAAGCCAAGAAAUCUCCUUGGGCAACCCAUGCAGUGGGUAACACCUGGAUGGCCGCCUGCAGGCGGUAUUUGCAGAUUGUGCCAUGA